AUGAUCCUCUUCAGGUCCACAGAUGGGCUCGUACGCUCUACAACUGAUACUAAAGGAGAAGCCAUUGACAGUAAUGCUGUUGGAUUUACAAAUGAAACAAAUGUGGAUGUUGAUGAGAAUAGUAGAGUUGGAUAUGACUCAUGGAAUAAUGAUUGUUAUAUGAAGAGUACUCGAUGGGUAUAUAAUUACAUGGAUAAAAGUUGGAUUGCCCUAGGUAAGACGGCUGAUGGAAGGAUGAGUAAACCAUAUAAUGAUGGGGUCAAGUUAUUUCUUCAAUUUGCAAUGGGGGUUAUAGACCAGAAUGGUAAUCUGUUGUGCCCAUGUAUAAAGUAUGUGAAUGUUUGUAGACAAAAUCUUCAAAAUGUGGAAAUUCAUUUGCUCCAAUAUGGGAUUAUGCAAACUUACACUGUAUGGCACCAGCACAAGGAACCCCGUGUUUCAAACGAGGCUUACCAUGAUGAUGAGAUGCGACUUGAUGGUGAUGAAAUUGUAGGUGGUAUUGAAGCCUUAGUGGAAGAUCGAAUAAGAGGAGAAUCGACUGAUACAACCCAAGGGGAGGAAGUGAGAACUUUUGAUCAAUUGUUGACUGAUGCCAAGCGUGAGUUCCCAAAUUGUACAAAUUAUACUGUGUUGAAGUUUGUGAUUGAGGUGCUUAAUAUGAAGGUAACAAAUCAUUGGAGCAAUAAGUCAGUUGAUAUGAUGCUAGAGUUUUUUAGACUUUUACCGAAAGAAAAUUUGGUUCCAAAGUCAACUUAUGAAGCUAAGAAAAUACUUUGUGACUUGGGUUUGUCAUAUGAGCUCAUUCAUGCUUGCAUAAAUGAAUGUGUAUUAUUUUGGAAGGAGAAUGCAACGCUAGAUAAAUGUCCGACUUGUAAGACAUCUAGAUACAAGAUCAAUCGUGGAAUGGGUAAGAAGAUCCCUCAUAAAGUAUUGCAGUACUUUCCUUUGACACCAAGGUUGAAAAGAUUGUACAUGUCAAGGAAGAGGACUAAGGACAUGAGAUGGUACAAAGACAAACGAAUGGACAAUGAGAUAUUGAGGCAUCCCGCUGACAGUGAUGAGUGGAAGGAAUUUGAUGCACAAGAUCCCGAGUUUGCCUUAGAGCCUCGAAAUGUGAGGUUAGGGUUGGCCGUUGAUGGGUUUUAUCCUUUUGGGAACAUGAACAACUCUUAUAGUUUGUGGCCCGUCAUACUCAUUCCAUACAACUUGCCACCUUGGUUGGUUAUGAAGGAUCCAUUUUCUUUGAUGUCAUUACAUAUUCCUGGAGAAUCGCAACCAGGGAUUGAUAUUGACAUCUACACGCGACCAUUGGUGGAUGAGUUGAAUGAUUUAUGGACAAAUGGUGCAUUGACUUACGACGCCUCCACCAAUGAGACUUUUCGAAUGCAUGCAGCUUUGUUGUGGACAAUACAUGAUUGGCCUGCAUUUGGUGACAUAUCUAGGUGGAGAACAAAGGGUCAUUAUUCUUGUUACACUUGCAAUGAUGAACCAUAUUUUGAAUCUUUGAGAAGCAUUGAUGGAAAGAACAAGGACACAGACAAGGCACGAUUAGACUUGGAAGAUAUGGGUAUAAGGAAAGAGCUAUGGCUAACACAACGACCCGAUGAAUCAUAUGUCAACCCUCGAGCAAUCUUUUCAUUGACACCUACAGAGAGGGAGGGUUUCUUUGAAUUUUUAAAAACUGUCAAGUAUCCAGAUGGGUAUGCGGCAAACAUAUCCAAAUUAGUGAAUGGAAGAAAUGGUAGACUAACAGGACUAAAAAGCCACGACUGCCAUGUACUAAUACAAAGAAUUCUUCCCAUUGGAAUGCGUGGUUACGUGGAUAAAGAAAUUAGCACAACACUUUUUAAGUUAGGCAAUUUCUUCCAAGACCUAUGCUCUAGGACACUAAGGCGGAGCGAACUGGAGAAAUUAGCGGAACGUAUAAUACACAUUUUAUGCAAGCUUGAAAAGAUCUUUCCUCUAGCCUUCUUCGAUGUGAUGAUCCACUUGGCUAUUCAUUUGCCUCGUGAGGCUAUUCUUGGAGGACCCGUACAAUAUCGAUGGAUGUACCCAAUUGAAAGGUUUCUUGGAGCAUUAAAAAAAUAUGUGACCAACCGAGCUCCACCAGAAGGUUCAAUUGCCGAGGCUUACAUUGUCAAAGAGUGCAUUACUUUUUGUUCAAUGUAUAUUGAUGGGAUUGAAACCAUGCAUAAUCGACCAGAACGGAAUGAAGAUCGCAAUGAACGUCAACAAGGGUUGACAGUAUUCACAAAAAUUACACGUCCAGUUGGUCUAAUCACACGAGAUGCUGAAAUGUCUCAAGAAAUUCGUGAUAUUGCUCAUUGGUUUGUGUUGUACAAUAGCCCAAAGAUUGAAAAGGAACACAAAAAUCUAUUACAAACUCAAGCUGGGCAUAACAUAACCCACAUACAACGACAAGAAUUUCCCAAGUGGUUCAAAGAGAAGAUAAAUAGAUUGAUAAUGGAAGAGUCAUUAAAGAGUACUCAGGUCUUCUAUCUAAAUGAUACCAAAUUGGAUGAACCUUGGAAUGUCGUACAAAGGGUGCAACAUAGGGGUGUCUUUGAUGUUCCAGACACUAGUGAUGGAGAAUUAUUGGAUCCUAUAGAAAAUAAUGAUGUGUUCCAACAAGAAAACAUUACUGAUGUUGUUCUAAUUGACAUUGACCCAAUUGUUCGGUACUGUAGGGAUGAUGUUGAAUUCAAUGUUAUUUCGGAAGUAGGGUCAUCAGAUGCAAUAAUGGAAGAAAAUAGAGAUGAUGAAGGAGAUGAAGAACAUAACAUUCAUGAUGUUGAUAUGGAUCCUGAUAUGGAUUAUGAUGUGUAA